UUCAUUGACACUGUCAGUGUAUUUCAUUCACUUGAUUUUUAAUUUAUUAAUAUUUGGUGUUUGAUGUGCUUACUUACCAAAAUUAACCAUUAAAAACAGUUUUCCGAUUAAUUUAACCGACAUUACAUAAUUGUAGACGUAUACAGACUUUUAAAUCCAACAUUAUCCUUGAAAAACAUCACCUAACCUCGUCAGCUAUGUUAAUAGCUUAACGACGUCUAUUUUUGUUUGAUAGCUUACGCUCAGCUAUUACAAUGAGUGGCGGGAAGGGGUUUGGGUUCGCCGGGUUUACGAUGCCGAAGCGUAACCCCUCGAAUGUGUCGCUGCACGCCGUGCCUCCACCCUCGGCGGGGAUGAACGCGGUGCCGCCGCCAACGGCCGGCCUGUCCAAGCAGGGGUACUCCACUAUGAGUUCUAUCACUCAGAACGCGGUGACCGGCAACUGGGGCGGGCUGGGCAAGAAGCGGUCUAAGACUGAGGAUGAAUACUUUGAUGAUGAUGAUGAGCCUCCAACUCCAGCGCUGGCCUACAUCCCCGCCCCUGGCAGCCCCUCUUAUGAAGCUAGUAGUUCUAAGAAAGUAGAGGAAGAUGAUGAAGAAGACCCUCUGGAUGCGUUCAUGGCCGGGCUCGAGCAGCAGGCAGCCAAGGACCUGGUGGCCAGCAAGGAGAAUGCAGUGCUCGGCAAGGAGAGUGUGCGAGGCACCCGCGGGGACAUUGAUGAGCUGGACGAUGAGGAGUCUUAUUAUAAGUACAUGGAAGAAAAUCCCCUGGGUAAUGCAGACGACGGCUCAGACCUCGAAAUAGAAUACGACGAGGACGGCAACCCACUCGCUCCACCGAAGAAGAAGUUCAUAGACCCUCUGCCUCCUAUAGACCACUCUGAAAUUGAGUACAAACCUUUUGAAAAGAAUUUCUACACCCCACACGAGGAGAUUGAGAAGCUCACGUUUGUACAAGUUGAGGAGUUGAAGAAGAAUCUUGGUGUGAAGAUAUCCGGCCCAGACCCUCCCAAACCAGUGACCAGCUUCGCCCACUUCGGGUUCGACGAGCAGCUGAUGAAGGCCAUCAGGAAGUCGGAGUACACGCAGCCCACGCCCGUGCAGGCCGCCGGGAUACCCGCCGCGCUGUCCGGGAGGGAUCUUAUAGGUAUCGCCCGCACGGGGUCCGGUAAGACGGCGGCGUUCCUGUGGCCGCUGCUGGUGCACAUCAUGGACCAGGCGGAGCUGCAGCCCGGGGACGGGCCCAUCGGACUCAUACUGGCGCCCACCAGGGAGCUCGCGCAACAGAUUUACAUGGAAGCGAAGAAGUUUGGAAAAGUGUACAAUAUAAGAUGCGUCUGCUGCUACGGUGGCGGCUCCAAGUGGGAACAAACCAAAGCUUUAGAAGGUGGCGGUGCAGAAAUAGUAGUGGGCACGCCGGGCCGGGUCAUCGACCUGAUCAAGUGCAAGGCGACGAACCUGCAGCGAGUCACGUACCUAGUGCUGGACGAGGCAGAUAGAAUGUUCGACAUGGGGUUUGAGCCCCAAGUGCGUUCAAUCUGCGCGCACGUCCGUCCGGAGCGACAGGCGUUGCUAUUCUCCGCAACAUUCCCGCGCCGAGUCGAGAGGCUGGCUCGAGACGCUCUGCAUGACCCCGUGAGGGUGCAACAUGGGGCUGCGGGAGAAGCCAGUCAGCUUGUCAGGCAACAUGUCACAAUAUUCAAUAAACCGGAGCACAAAUGGAAAUGGCUUCUCACCAACCUAGUGGAGUUUCUAUCUGCUGGCAGUGUGCUAAUAUUUGUUACCAAAAAGCUAGAAGCAGAAGAGACGGCGGCGAACCUCUGCGUGCAGCAGCACGACGCUCUGCUGCUGCACGGAGACAUGGAGCAGGCGGAGAGGAACAAGGUCAUCACUGCCUUCAAGCGGCAGGACUGCAGCAUACUCGUCGCCACUGAUGUUGCAGCCCGAGGCCUCGACAUCCCGCACGUGCGAACCGUCAUCAACUACACGGUGGCCCGCGACAUCGACACGCACACGCACCGCGUGGGGCGCACGGGGCGCGCGGGCGUGGCGGGCGCCGCGCACACCUGCCUCGCGCGCGACAAGGACCGCGAGUUCGCGGGACACCUCGUGCGGAACCUGGAGGGGGCCAUGCAGGAAGUGCCUGAAGACCUGAUGCAGUUGGCGAUGCAGUCGUCGUGGUUCAGAAAGUCGAGAUACAAGAAGGGGAAAGGAAAGAAUCUUAAUGUUGGAGGAUGCGGACUCGGCUACAAGGAGCGCCCCGGCCUGCCGCCGCCGCCGGCGGAGGACGCGGCGGACAACAAGGCGGCCGGCGGGCCCGCCACCGACCGCCUCUCCUCGCUCAAGCAGGCCUUUAAGUCGCAGUACAACCAGUUCACGGCGUCAACUGACCAUUCGUGGGAGCAAACGCUGUCAUCCAUACAGCCAGGGGUCAACGCCCCCGCCAACGCAACGACCAAUGAGGAGAAAGCUGAACGCACCAGAAAGAGCGGGAAGAAGAGCCGGUGGCAUUAGACAAGAUAGAACACGAUAUUCGAAAGGAGUUUGUAAUCAUUUGUCGAACUGGGACCGCGAUUGUGGCGCCACGGAUUGUAUAGGCUCUGUGACUGGUGGCAGAAUUUUGAAACUAUGGUUCGAAAAUAUUUCUCAGAAUAAUGAUAAGAUGCGAGACACAUAUUUUUUGAUUGACUUCCCAAAGUAAAGGUCAAGCACCACUAAUAACAAUAUGAGAGACCUUAAAGUUUAGCACUUAGGAUUCAGUAAGUCAUAUUCUUACAAACGUAAAUAUGAAAACCUAUAAAGUUGAGUCUACUCAAUAGGUCUGUGCCUAUUUAUUAGAUUAAAUAAUUUGUCGACUUUAAUAAACUUGAACAGUGAAAACUAGUGACUUUAAGUAAUGGAAUCUAGUUUUAUUAAUUUUAUUGUAUAAAUGAAAAUAUUAGUCACUUUUAUGUCUGGAAGCCACUACGUAUGUAGGAAAUGCAAUAAUGAAUUUUGUCAUCUGCUAUGAUAAUGAAAUAAUUUAUUAUGUAGGUAUUACUGGUAGUAAGUCUUUUAGGUAUGACUGAGUAAUAAUAAUGAUUAUGGCCGUAUGUGGGCUCAACCGUCAAAAUACUUUGAUUUCAUUCAACCUAUACUUACUUCAUAACUAACUCCAUAAGACCCGUUGUUUUUCAUUUAUGUCAAAGUUAAACAGUGGAAACAUGUAACGUUACAUAUACCUAUGAACCUAUGGCAAGAUUAAUAAAUUAAGGAUUGUUUUGAAAACGUUAUAAUAUUCCAGCUAUUAUUGUGAAAUAAAAUGCGCAUACUUUAUUGUAUAAAAAAAGUAAUAAAGACACUAUUACAAAUUA